AUGUCGUAUUCCCCUCUCGACAUUCCUCUGUCGGGAAAAGAGCAUUUCACAGACUACUCUCGCUGGAGGCUACGCGUCUCCGAGGACGGCCGUCACACCUGGCACUACCUCCACACCGACGAUGAACUCCAAGCCUGGCCCCAGUCCGACAUCGACAAGUACUGGCUCGGGCUCCCUCUCGACCUACCCGCCCUCCCUCGAGCACAGGAUGCCCUCUCCGCCGCACGCAAUGGCUACACGUUCUACAAACACCUCCAAGCAGAAGACGGCCACUGGCCUGGUGAAUACGGCGGGCCCAUGUUCCUCCUCUCUGGCCUUGUUAUAGGCUCAUACGUUACUGGCAUGGGCUUCAAACUCGAAGAACGCCUCGAAAUGAUCCGCUACCUCUUGAACCGUGCUCACCCCGAAGAUGGCGGCUGGGGCUUACACGUCGAGGGCCAGUCCACCGUCUUUGGGACCGCCCUCAAUUACUGCGUUAUGCGCAUCCUGGGCGUGUCGGCCGACCAUCCGGCCCUUGUCAAGGCACGCGGCACACUCCAUAGACUCGGUGGUGCGACUGGCAUACCGUCCUGGGGAAAGUUCUGGCUAUCUAUCUUGAACGUAUACGAUUGGGCCGGCAACAACCCCAUAACCCCCGAGUUAUGGCUGUUCCCAGAGUGGCUUCCGUUUCAUCCACAUAGGUGGUGGAUACACACCCGGGCAGUCUACCUUCCCAUGGGCUAUCUCUUCGGCAUCCGGUACAAGAUGCAGGAGAACGACCUGAUCCGCUCACUCCGACAGGAAUUAUACCCACAAGACUACUACUCCAUCGACUGGCCGGCACAGCGCAACAACGUAGCCAAAGUAGACCUGUACUCGCCGCACAGCCGGGUCUUCGACUUGCUCUACGGCAUCUUGAACGUCUACGAAAGCUGCGCCAUACCUCCCGUGCGCCGCGCCGCGCUCGACCGGUGCUACGACCUCAUCGUUCAGGAGGACGAAAAUACGGGGUACCAGACGCUCGGCCCUGUCUCCAAGAUGAUGAACCUCAUCGUCCGCGCGCUCGUCGACGGCCCGCAGAGCGACGCGUUCAAGCUGCACAUGGAGAAGCGGCAGGACUUCAUGUGGAUCGGCGCAGAGGGGAUGAUGAUGUCCGGCACGAAUGGCAGCCAGCUCUGGGACAUAGGCUUCAUCACCCAGGCGCUCGUCGAGACGGGUUUGGCCGCGGAGGAAGAGAACACGGAGAGCUUGGUCCGUGCCCUGCAUUGGCUCGACCAGUGUCAGAUUAAGGAUAACCCCAAACAUUUCCGCACGUCGUAUCGCCAUGCGACGAAAGGUGCUUUCCCGUUCAGCACACCGACACAGGGCUACACAGUCAGUGACUGCACAGGAGAAGGCCUCAAGGCGGUUUUGUACAUCCAAGAGCAUGUCCCUUCCAGUCCGAAACUGGUAUCGGAGCGUCGCAUCUGCGACGCGGUGGACAUCCUCCUUGGCAUGCAAAACAGCGACGGCGGCUUCGCGAGCUACGAACUUAUUAGAGGGCCCCAUUUGUUAGAACUGCUGAACCCAUCCGAAGUCUUUGGGGACGUCAUGAUCGAACACAGCUAUCCUGAAUGUACCACAUCCGUGAUCACAGCACUGUCCAUAUUCAAGAAAUACUACCCCACCUACCGGGUGACUGAGAUCCAACGCGUCGUGCAUCGCGCCUUGGACUACCUGCACAGGACACAGAAACCCGAAGGCGGGUGGGUCGGCUCGUGGGGUAUCUGUUUCACCUACGCGACGCAAUUUGCAUUGGAAAGCCUCUCACUCGUCGGGGAGACGUACGACACGAGCGCAUCCGCACGCCGCGCCUGCGAGUUCCUGCUCAGCAAGCAGCGAGCGGACGGCGGCUGGGGCGAGAGCUACAAGUCAUGCGGGCAGAGCAUCUGGGUGGAGCAUGAGCAAACACAGGUGGUGCAGACCUGCUGGGCGGCCAUGGCGCUCAUGUACGCGCGCUAUCCGGAUCCGGAGCCCAUCAAGAGGGCGGUGCGACUGGUCAUGUCUCGCCAGAAUCCUGAUGGCUCGUGGCCGCAGGAGGCGAUCGAAGGGAUUUUCAACAAGAGCGUCACCAUUGCAUACCCGAACUUCAAGUUUUCGUUCACAAUCUGGAUGCUGGGGCGUGCGCAUCAGUAUCUCAAGGAGCUGGAGGUUUCGCAAAAGGCCAAGGUGGAGGCCAUCUAG